GAAGAACACCAACUUGAGACCGGCACCUCCUUCGGACUCUUCCAGCAGGACUAUAGCAACACGGCAAUUUUGGCGUCAGAUACAUGGCUCAAAAGAGUCUGGAAAGAGUUGGAGGACUUGGAUAUCUGCGUUGCUCUCGACACUCCGGUCCUCCCUCUCCGGUGUGAAAGCGAUGCUUUGCUCAUUGAAGUAUUCAUGGAGUUGGAAGUGGACCAGGACGCUCUGAAGUGGCUCAACUGGUGUCGCAUGUUCCUCCAAGUUUGCACCGUCUCUGACAUCGUGACGGCCGAUGGCCGCAGCAUCCGGGAGUCAAUAUGGCAUGGGGAACGCGACUACACUCAUCGUUCUUCAUCUCAAUGGCCUCACACUGUCCGACCCAACAGGAACCACUGGAGGGUGUGGCAGGAGAACCUUACUCGAGCACUACUUGUCUCCGACGGAACCCAGCGCCUCCUGCGUCAUCCACUGGGCCCAUGGUUUGAUCCUAUCAACGACUGGAAUUGGUUAUGGUCUUCUACCCACGGAUUGUUCCACCGCCAGGGCCACGGUUGGCAACACUACCGUCACCGUCGCUCCCCCACACGGAGCCUUCAAUGGGACUAUACUCGUCCUGCGCAAUUGUCCGGGCGCAAACGACCACAUAAUGAGCCCGCCAACAAUGGAGCCUGCUUCUUGUCGGCUCCCUUUUGGACCCAUCCACUCCCAGAGGACGUGUCCGAGGUGACCGAGUAUGUCGGAUGGACCCCUGAAGAAAUAGAGAUUGACGGCGACGAAAGCCUCCUGGCCGAAGCCUUACUCGAAGACCGGCUGUGCGUGAUCAGCGACGGUUCUUAUAAGCUAGGUCUGGGCACAGCGGCAGUUCAACUGCUCCCACGUAAGGGUGUCACAGAACGUAUUAUUGUUUGUUGCCAAACUCCGGGCCUACCUGAUGACCAGAGCGCGUAUCGGAGUGAAUUGAUUGGCCUACUGGCCGGUAUCCUGAUUGCACCCAACACUCGCUUCUUUACCAAAUUGGCUGCCCUCUACAUUGGUGAUGUCAAACAGUCGCGAUUGAAUCCAGAGCAUAUCCAGGAACUGGUGGCGCUGCCUGCUCUACGCAAGCGAUGGCACGAGCGGCAGACGAUUACACCGGAGGCGGAGCUGGAGACCGAUUGGACCAGUCUGGCUCGCGCCAUGAGCUCCCUUCCGGCAGGUGUCCAACGUCGGACCACAAAGCAUGUCGUGGGUAUGUGUGGUGUGGGGAAGUUCAAAGUCCGAUGGGGUUCCGCAGACUCAGCUGCGUGCCCCUGCUGCGGCGAGUUUGAGGACCACCUUCAUGUCCCUCGAUGCAUGGCGCCCUCGGCGAGUGCGGAAUGGGAUCGCCGGACGGUGACCUUGGACCAAUGGCUGGACGCUCAAGUCACUGACCCAGCCAUCAAACACGCUAUCCUUCAUCUUCUUCAAGGGGUCCGUGAUCCGUCCCUACCUUCCAGUUGGGUGGUUCCGGCUCGCCUUUGCAGCGCCUUCCUCUCCCAACAAUGCAUUGACUACCAAGGAUUAUUGGAAGGCCGGUUGUCUGUUCAGUGGGCGGCCCUACAAGAACAGUACCUUGAGUCACAAGGGAGCCAACGCUCUCCGACCCUGUGGGUCUCUCGCCUGUUGCAUCAGCUGAUCUUGCUUGGAUUUCAUAUGUGGGAACACCGGAACUCGGUGCAACAUUUGGAGGACAACGUACAGUUACGCGAACGUAGCCGAUUGCUGAACGAUGGUAUACACUCUCAGUUUGAUAUGGGCCCAAUUGACCUCCCCAAGGUAGUUCAACGCAUGCUCGCCGUGAAACGCCGAACAGUGUUGAACACUCCGCUGGUCGAUAGGGAAGAGUGGCUGAAGCUGGUUAGAAUGGAACGCACGGCCUACCGCCGCGCUCUGGCGCCUCAACGCCGUAUCCUUCACCGCUUCUUCCACCCGGCCCAGGUCCCAUAA